GCCUCCCGAUUCUGCGCUCUCUGCCGCUCCCGUCCUCCCGAUCUCGCCGGCUCGCGGCCUACCUCGCCGGAAGCCGUCGCCCCCCUGCAGGCCCCGCCCGCACGGCGCCACCCCGCCCACCGUGCUCCUGCCAGCCGGCGCCCGCCGCUCGCCGGGUGUCCCGCGAUGAGCAAGCCAGGCGGCACCGCUGGCGGCGCCACUGCGGGCCCGACGGCGGCGGCUGCGGCGGCCGCGGCUCAGAAGCAACGGGCGCUCCUCCAGAAGGCCGACGCCGACGUCAGCAGCCUCGUCGACAACUUCUCCGCCCUUAUCAACAUCGCCCGCGUCAACGACCCGCCGGUGCGCAACUCGCAGGAGGCAUUCCAGAUGGACAUGCGCGCCUCCCGCAUGGUGCAUUCAGCGGACUCUCUGUUGAAACUAGUAUCGGAACUUAAGAGGACAGCUAUCUUUUCUGGGCUUGCUUCUUUGAGUGAGAAUGUUGAUAGGAGGAUUGAAGUGCUCAGUCAACAGUCAGAGGAGACAGAGAGAAUGCUGGAGAGGAUUGGGCAGGAAGCAGCAGCAAGCCUUAAGGAGUUGGAGGCACAUUACUACUCAUCUGUUGUGCGGACUCCGCUCUAUGAUUGAGCCACUCAUGGUUUCAGGAUAUCUCUGUCUUUCCGUUGGCAGGAGAGCAGCGGCGCUUAAGGAGCUGUGCAAGGACAUGGUCGAUGUAGCUUGUGUAAAAAUCACCUUAAAGUAUCUAGUUAAUUUCCAACGAUGUUGUAUUAGCCAUUGAGAUAGCGUUCUAGUUCCUACCCUGUUGUUCUAACUUCUACUAGUUGUUUUUCGAAGAUUGUUACCAUGUCUGCUUCCAUGAGGUGUUUGCAUUCUCGUGCUUCUUUUCUGGCUUUUCCGACCUCGCGUGCUACUCCAUUUUCUGCGAGUAUCAUUUGUAACCUAGACCUGCAAUUCCAGGCCCUGAACAGAUUUGCCUGUUUCCCUUUUUAGUUUAGUCAAUUAAUAUUCGUGUAUUCUUCUUGCA